AUGUCAGACGCGGCAAUGGAUACCAGCUCUGAAAUCACCACCAAGGACUUGAAGGAGAAGAAAGUUGUGGAGGAGGUAAAGAAAGGAAGAGAUGCACCUGCAUCUCAAAAUGAGGGAACGCUCAAAAUGAUUGCAGAGGCUGACAAUGAGGUAGGUGAAAAAGAGGGAGAAGGUGGGGAGGAAGAGGAGGAGGAAGGUGAUGGUGAGGAAGAGGUUGGAGAUGAAGAUGAGGAAGCAGAGGCUCCUACGGGCAAGCGGAUAACUGAGGGUGAUGAGGAUGGUGUCGACAGCAAAAAGCAGAAGACUGACGAGGAUGACUAG